CAACACAAGCCAAGACCCCCUUCUCUCCCAAUUCUGCACGAAAUUAAAAUCCAAUAUCCGCCGAAAAAAUUAAAAUCAAAAAAAUCAAAAUCUGAAGAUGGAGAGAAGGCAGAAGUUGAGAUUGUUAGCGACGUACAUGAUCGUAGCUAUUGUUGUGAAUUUGAUCGGCCGUAUCUCGUCCCUUUCGGUGGUGGUGAACGAAGAAGAAUGCGUAUACGAGUACGUCAUUUACGAAGGCGACACCGUUUCGGGAAAUUUCGUCGUAGUUGACCACGAUGUCUUCUGGGGCUCCGAUCAUCCUGGCAUAGAUUUUACUGUGACAUCUCCUGCGGGAAAUGUAGUGCAAACUUUGAAAGGGACAUCCGGGGACAAGUUUGAAUUUAAAGCCCCACACGGUGGAAUGUACAAGUUUUGUUUUCGCAAUCCCUUUUCAACACCAGAAUCAGUUUCUUUCCACAUUCAUGUGGGCCACAUUCCCAGUGAACAUAACCUUGCCAAAGAUGAACAUUUGGACCCUAUUAGUGUAAAAAUUGCUGAGCUGAGGGAGGCUUUGGAGUCUGUUACAGCAGAGCAAAAAUACUUAAAAGCACGUGAUGCUCGACAUCGUCAUACAAAUGAGAGCACAAGGAAGCGUCUUUUAGGCUACACAAUCGGAGAGUACCUUUUAUUUGCUGCUGCAAGUGCACUUCAAGUUGCAUAUAUUCGCCGUCUCUUUAGCAAAUCAGUUGCAUACAACCGGGUUUAAGACAUGGCUGCGGCAAGUUCACUUCAAGUCAUCUAUAUCGCUUUCACUUUAGCAAGCCAGUAGCAUACUACAGGGUUUAAGACAUCUUAUCAUCGUUUGUCUGUUUUAUUAACAAGCAGAUGGAUGUCACGGACAGGUUUAGGAAAACUUGUGCACUCUAUGACUAAUGAUGUGUUGGCUCACUUAACUUUUUUUUUUCAUGUAUUUUAUUUAGUUCAUUAAAUGUUAAGUUGUUGGACCUCUAAAACAGUCGCAUGCUUCGAUAGUGUAUUGCAUAAUGGGUAAAGCCCAAUAAAAAAAAAACUAGAAACCUUUCUAUGA